AUCUCCUUCAUAAAAAAAACAAUAAAACUUGGCUCGCUGCUGAUAGGUCAGAGGAGGCCGGCCCAGCAAAGAGAGCUAGAAGAGGAAAAGAGAGGACGACUGGACAUCACUCAGUCUGGAGAUCAGGUGGAGGAUUCUGGGCCAAAUUAAAGUAUAUCUCACCUGGCUGAAGUGUGUGUGAGGAUUAGGAGAGUUUCAUCCUUGUAACAGAACUGGAACUGUGAGAAGAAUUUUUCCCAGCUGACGAUGGGCAAAACAAAAAACUCUGAAGUGGAGGAGAGACCCAAAUGGGACAACAAGGUCCAGUACCUGCUGACGUGUAUCGGCUUUGCUGUGGGACUUGGAAACAUCUGGCGUUUUCCCUACCUGUGUCAAGUCUAUGGAGGAGGUGCGUUCCUCAUCCCCUACCUGAUAGCGCUGGUGUUCGAGGGUCUCCCCCUGCUCUACCUGGAGCUGGCUAUAGGACAGAGGCUCCGCAAGGGCAGCAUCGGCGUCUGGAAAGCCAUCUCACCAGUGCUGGGUGGAGUCGGCAUCGCCUCCAUGAUAGUGUCAUUCCUGGUGGCCCUGUUUUACAACACCAUCCUGGCCUGGGUGCUCUGGUACUUCUUUCACUCUUUCCAGAACCCUCUGCCGUGGAGCCGGUGUCCACUGAAUGACAACCUGACAGGUUAUAAUGACGAGUGUGUGAAGAGCACUCCAGUGAACUACUUCUGGUACCGUGAGACCCUGAACGUCACACCAGACAUCGAGAUCAGUGGCUCCCUGCAGUGGUGGCUGGUCAUCUGUCUGGCCAGCGCCUGGUUAGUGGUCUACAUCUGCUUCAUCAAAGGCAUCGAGUCCAUGGGAAAGGCUGUGUAUGUGACGUCCACAUUUCCCUACCUGGUGCUGACUAUCUUUCUGAUCCGUGGCCUCACUCUGCCCGGAGCUACUGACGGACUGGUGUACCUCUUCACUCCUGAUUGGGAGAUUCUGAAGAACCCUCAGGUGUGGCUGGACGCUGCCACUCAGAUCUUCUUCUCUCUGUCUCUGGCGUUUGGAGGUCUCAUAGCUUUCUCCAGCUACAACGCUGAGAGAAAUAACUGUGAGAGGGACGCUCUCCUCGUGGGAAUAAUAAACAGUGCCACCUCGCUCUACGGCUCCAUUUCCAUCUUCUCCAUCCUGGGAUUUAAAGCAAACACUGCCUACAACUUCUGUAUGGAGGAAAACAUCUUGGCUGUGACCAACCACUUUGAGUUCUCAGACCAGAACAUCACAGUGGAGAACUACAAUCACUGGAUUGAGUAUCUAACUCAAACAUCUCCAGGUGAGCUGGCCAAAUUGGACCUGAGGCCCUGUGACCUGCAGACAUUCCUCGACCAGAGCGCCUCAGGUACCGGCCUGGCAUUCAUUGUGUUCACUGAGGCAGUGAUCGAGAUGCCAGGCUCGCAGGUAUGGGCCAUACUGUUCUUCGUCAUGCUCUUCAGCCUGGGCCUCUCCUCCAUGUUUGGCACCAUAGAAGGAGUCCUCAACCCCAUGAAGGACCUUAAACUAAUGCCCAAGUGCAUCCCCAAUGAGCUCUCAACCGCGAUCAUGUGCCUGGUCGCCUUCUUGGUAGCUCUCAUCUUCACCAUGGCGUCAGGAAACUACUGGGUGGAGAUCUUCAACAGCUACGUGGGCUCUGUUCCUCUGCUCAUCAUCGCGUUCAUCGAGAUCAUUGGAGUCGCUUAUAUCUAUGGAAUGAGAAAUUUCAGUGACGAUAUCUACUUCAUGACUGGGAAGAGGCCCAACAUCUUCUGGAAGGCGUGCUGGAUGGUCAUCAGUCCUUUGAUGCUCCUGGUGGUGUUGGUUUCCUACGUGGUCGUCCAGGCACAGAAACACCCCACCUAUCCUGCAUGGAACCCAGACUAUGAACUGUUCCCAAAAACUGAAACCAAGCCCUACCCAGACUGGGUGUUUGCCAUCAUCAUCCUCCUCUCUGUAGUACCUGUGAUUUCCAUCCCUCUGGUGGCUCUCUACAGACUCAUCUGCUGUGGAAUCAAGAAGUCGUCUGUUCGCGCCGACCUAACUCCCUACUACAACGACAGCUUUGAGGCUGAAACACCGCAACACAAGAACCAGAGAGCUUAAACAUGUUUGCAAGAAACGACGUUACUCAACGGAAAAGGACCUCCUGAUCGUUAUCGCCUCAUCUGUGGAAUCUUUAUUCAGCCAACAGCUGACAUAUAAUCAGUCACACUGACUUUACUACUGAUUUAUGUUGUUUACAUUUAUCAAUGUUUAACAGAACCUGAAAACUGGAUUAAUUUGACAGAGAAAUUCUUUCCUUUGGACAUUUCUGUGUCGUGUUAAUGUACAUGAAGGACAGCUGAAUGCAAACGUUUGGGCACCCCGGUCACAAUUUCUUAAUUUCUUCUUCAUUUCUUCAAUAUUCUAAGCAAGAUUACUAUAUUUUUAAAUUUCCAUCUUUUAAAGUUUUGAAAUAAUUAAAAAGGGAAAGGGCCUGAGGCAGAGGUUUGGGCAACCUGCAUGGUCAGGACUUACACUUCCUGUUUUAAGGAUUUCUUCUUGGGCCGUCUUCAUGCUCUGCUCUUUGAGCUCUAUCCACAGAUGUUUAGUGAUGUUUAGGUCGGGGGACUGUGAGGGGCGUGGCCAAACCUUCAGCUGGCUCCUCUUGAGGUCGUCCAUUGUGGAUUUGGAGGUGUGUUACGGAUCAUUGUCCUGUUGUAGACGCCAUCUUUACAGAUGCUGUGAUGUCUGGACUUUAACUGAAUCCAUUCUUCCCUCUACCUGUGAAAUGUUCCCCGUGCCACUGGCUGCAACACAAGCCCAAAGCAUCAUCCAUCCACCCCCGUGUUUAACAGUUUGUUCUCCAAACAUACCUCAAAGUUCUGUUUUACCUUCAUCAGUCCACAGGGCUAGGCAGCUGUUUAGAGGAGCCCAUGGCUGCUGAUUGUUGGGACAAGGUUUCAGGAGCCAGCUGAAAUGAGCAUCACCUGGCCUUUCCUAACGAUGACUGUGAACAAGCCAGACCCUAACAAGCACAUUAAGGUCUGAGACCCUGGGAAAAGUUGUCUGAGAGCUCAGAUGUCUUGGGGUGCCCAAACUUUUUCAUGGUGCUCGUUUCAUUUUUUCACUCUCAAACUGUACAAAACAAAAAUAAAACACUGAUCCUGCUGCAUGUUUCAUCUUUAACUUCAUGUCUCUGGGAGAUCAGUUCAUCUUCUACUUUCUUAACUAUUCACGGUAAAUGAAAUUUCGAUCAGGGGUGUCCAAGCUUAUAUACAAGCAAUCUUCCAAAUGACGUCACGUCUUCAUAGUGGAAAAACACCACAAAGUAUAAAUCAAAGUCCAGAGAGACAAACAGCUGUGGGGGGGCGGGGUCUGGAUGCUGGAUGUUUUUCAGUUCUCCAUCUUUAUUGAUCUGGUGGUUGUUGAUUUAUAGGGUGAGUUUAUGAUUGAGCUUUGGGACUGUUUCUCACUCUUUAACCUGUUUCCCAAUGCAACAGAUACAUUAUUAUUUUGGCACACUGACGAUCAGAUGAAUCUGAAUCACUCAUUAAUUUCACAGGAGAAAAAAACAGACAAAACUCACAACAUGAACUCAAAGCUCAAAGUCUACAUCUGGAUGGCCAAGAAGUCCUCGGGGGUUCUGGGUUUAGCGGCCUGUCGGACUCUGGCCAGUAUCAGAUCCCCCAGACAGCUCUCCAGACUGCACAUCCCUGUCAAGAAGACAACAGCAGAGGACAGGAAAAUGUUUUUUCUGGUGUAUUUGAUAGUGAACUGUAAAAUUUAUCCAACUAAACUAUUUCCAACUAUAAAACUAAAUUAAAGGUGGUAAUAAACUGAGCUGAGUCCAUGUAAGACCUUGUUGGGUUCACCUCUCAUAAAGUCCACAUUUAAAGGGACCGGUCUUGGGAAGUUGUGAUGAAGACGUUUUCAUAUCAGUCUUGGACUGAUCUGCAAACUAACCACCAACAAAAGAAGGAGACUGAGAAACACCACCACCAAGGGACUGGACUGCCGCUCUGCACCCGCAGCACAAAGAGGGAAAGAGGGCAGUUAAACAAUGGCCAUGAGGUGCUAAUGAUUAUUAGUUUAUCACUGGUUAGUGUUCUUGACAUUUUAGGCAUU